UGUGGUGUUUGAAAAUGAAUGAUAUGCUUACUGAAGUUGUAGGGGCGGUUGGUGUACGUUGUGUGUGCGUGCAAACUGAGGCCACAACAUUUUACAGAAAGGAAAGAGGAAGAGUGGACGAUUCAUAAAUAACAAGCCAGGGGAAAAAUUAAGUUUCCAGCAAUGCAAUUGACCGAGUGUGAGCCCACCGCUGAAGGCGUGGUGAUGGAGCCUCCCAGAUCGGACGGCUUCCUGGAGUCGUCCUGUGGUGUAGGAGACAGUGCAGCCUCUCUCGAUAUAGCCAAUGAGUCCUCAGAGGAGGAGUCCACAGGGGAAAGAGAAGAGGAGAUUGGUGCUCAUAAUAAAGUCGCCAGCAGCACCAGGGCUACAGAGGUCCCUGCUGAACAGACCUCAAACACGCAAACAGUGAACGCUCAGCGCCCAAACUCCCUGUCGGUGGCGGCAGCCGUGGCGGCGGCAGAGCCCGGCCUGUGGACGACACAGGGCGAUGCGGAGGUGAAACUGAGGAUGGAGGACUCGGGCUUGGCUGCUGAGACCCCCCUGACUGUCAACCAGAUGUUCACCUCGGCAGUGGAGCGCUUUGGUAACUACACAGCUCUGAGCUGGAAGAAAGGCGAGCAGCAGAAGAGCCUGAACUACAGAGACUACUACCAGACCUGUCGCAACGCUGCCAAGAGCUUCCUCAAGCUUGGCUUGCAGCGCUACCACGGCGUUGGCAUCCUGGGCUUCAACUCUGCAGAAUGGUUCAUCGCUGACAUUGGAGCCAUUUUGGCAGGUGGGUUUGCUGUGGGCAUCUACACCACCAACUCUCCUGAGGCCUGUCAGUAUGUAGCAGAGAACUGCAAGGCCAAUAUCAUUGUGGUGGAGAACCACAAACAGCUGCAGAAAAUCCUUCAGGUUGAAGACAAGCUUCCACACUUGAAAGCCAUUAUCCAGUACAAAGAUGCACUAAAAGAGAAGAGACCAAAUCUGUACACAUGGGCGGAGUUCAUGGAGCUCGGACGCAACGAGCCUGACGCUCCCCUCGAUGCGAUCAUCUCCAGCCAGAAGCCAAACCAAUGCUGCACGCUCAUCUACACCUCAGGAACCACGGGCCAGCCCAAAGGAGUCAUGCUGAGCCAUGACAAUCUGACGUGGACCGCGCUCUCCACCAGCCGCCACGUGCGCCUGACAGACGCCACUCAGGCUCAGGAGUCAGUGGUCAGCUACCUGCCGCUCAGCCACAUCGCAGCUCAGAUGGUGGACAUCUGGGUCACCAUGAGGGUCGGAGGGGCGACCUACUUCGCUCAGCCAGACGCCCUCAAGGGCUCUCUUGUAGACACCUUGAAGGAGGUGCGUCCCACAGCCUUCAUGGGUGUCCCCCGUGUCUGGGAAAAGAUGCAGGAGAAGAUGAAAUCUGUCGGGGCAAAGUCUUCGACCGUGCGCAGGAAAGUGGCCGCCUGGGCCAAGGACGUUGGUCUGCAGACUAAUCUCACCAAGAUGAACCAAAACGGAGCAGCUGGCCGCACAACCCUCAGCUAUCAAUUAGCCAAAAAGCUUGUGUUCAAAAAAGUGCGUAAGGCCCUGGGCUUGGACCGCUGCAACAAGUGCUACACAGGGGCUGCACCCAUCACCAAAGAUACCCUGGAGUUCUUCCUCAGCCUGGAUAUCCCUCUGUACGAGCUGUACGGCAUGAGCGAGAGCACCGGACCUCACACCAUCUCCCUCCCUGAUGCCUUCAAGCUCACCAGCUGUGGUAAAGAGAUUCCAGGGUGCAAGACGAGGCUGCACAAACCAGACGAGGAGGGAAACGGCGAGAUCUGCUUCUGGGGUCGCCACGUCUUCAUGGGUUACCUCAACAUGCCUGAGAAGACGGAGGAGGCUCUGGAUGCGGAGGGCUGGCUGCACUCAGGUGACCUGGGCAAACACGACGAGAACGGAUUUCUCUUCAUCACCGGAAGAAUUAAAGAGCUGAUCAUCACAGCAGGAGGUGAGAACAUCCCACCGGUUCCCAUCGAGGAUGCAGUGAAAGAGGCCGUGCCACUGAUUAGCAACGCCAUGCUGAUCGGAGACAAGAGGAAGUUCCUGUCCAUGCUGCUCACCAUCAAGUGCAAGGUGAACGCAGAUACGGGCGAUCCAGAGGACGAGCUGUCACCAGAGGCGGUGGAUUUCUGCAGGAGGCUGGGCAGCAACGCCACACGCGUUUCUGAGAUCGCAGGCGGCCGAGACCGGGCGAUACACACUGCCAUCCAGGAUGGAAUCAACAGAGUCAACGAGAAGGCAACGUCCAACGCUCAGCGCAUCCAGAAGUGGAUCAUUCUGGAUCGGGACUUCUCCGUCGGCGGAGGAGAGCUGGGUCCUACCAUGAAGCUGAAGCGUCCGGUGGUGGUGAAGAUGUACAAGGAGCAGAUUGAGAACUUUUACAAAGAGCUGCCGACUCCGACCACUCCCGACAACCCGCUGCCUCCCAAAUAGAGCUGCUCCUCCGCCUCCACCUGCAGGAAGAUCCACACGUCUGUUAACACGCAGACACACUCCACCUCAUUCAUGCAGCCGCUCCUUGUCGCCAUUCUCCCCCCUUUUUUUGUGUAAAUGUUUUGAUUGCCUUAAGUUUUGUCCUGGUUUACAUUUGUGUGUUGUACAAAAGAGAACUGAGAAGAAGCCAUUGUAAAAUAGCUUUAUGGUUUUGAAGAUUCAAUAAGUUGAAUUCAACUAUUUAUUUGUAUUAAUGGGAUGAGCAGUAAAAUAUCCGAUAGAUGAAGGGCAGCAGCUGUAUGUAAGAAGAGUAUAUUGUGCUGUAAUACUUGAUAUAAAAAAAGAAAAGAAAAAAAAAGAGAAUCAAACAAACAAAAAAACUUUUUUGGAAGUUUUGAAGGAGUAAAUUUGUGUUUUUGAAUGUGGUCUUCUUUAUUUAUUUUCUGUUUGCCAAAGUUUACGCGGGCCAAAAGAGCGUCAAAUGAAGAAACAUUUCUAGAAAACACUUCAUAUCAAAUUCAGCGACUACAUCAAAUGUUUACUGGCCUUUUUACAUGUACUCAGUGGUUAUUUCUCUCGUCUUUAUCAGUCUGGAUUUAAGGAAAAUACUCAUUUAUUUUGUACAGGAUUUCAAAAAGUCAAAAAGGUUUUCUUCAAAUGAGCAGCAUCCAAACUGUGUUUUUCUUGCUGUAAAAAAAAAAAAACAAAAAAAAAAAAAACGUGUCAUUUAAGCCAUAUAUUUUUGCUUUUUGUAACUGUAAAGUUGAAACUGUUGCUCCGUGUGCCGACUCAUUACAGCCCUACACACCUGCCUUGUCCUGUUGAAAUGUUUUCUAAACAGUCCGUCUGUGUGUAGACCCACUGUGAUUUAGUGGAUUGUAUUGUAAAUAUCAUCUGCAUUUAGCUUGUCUUUGUUUUUAUUUUGUUCCUCAGUUGAUUUUUCAGCCUAGAAAUCUUAAAAUUAUUUGCACUUACACGCUGAUAAAAAAAAAAGAAGUAAAAGGAAUGGAAAAUGUACAUAAAUUAGGUGACAGGUUUGUGGAAAAAGGCAAAUAUAUCAGCUGCAUUAAACUGCCCCUAUUGAUCUGUUGCCAUACCUUAUCAAAACCUAUCAUAUAUAUAUAAAUGUUCAAAUGCUCAAGGUUUUUAUCACAGUGACCACGUGUCUUUCGCCUCCUUAAAGACAUUUCAGACGGAUUGAAGGAAGGCUAUAAGAGGUUAUUGUACUCCAAAGAGCUGAUUAAUGUACAUUAAGUAUAUAUAAGCAUAUCAUAGGUAUUUGUAGCGCUCUGAUGGUUUAAAAUGACGACGAGUUUGGCGGUUAUGGUUUGCUCAAAGCAUUUAAAAAUUCAGGGUAAACAAAGCAGAGCAAUGUCGAUGUGUGUAAAGUUAAAUGAGGAAAUGACGGUGAUUCAGUGUGUCUGGGUGAGUGGGUUUCUUGCUUUCUUAAUCUCAUACAGCUACGUUACAUGAAACAAAAAAAAAAGUACAAACGGACUGACAUUAAUGUACUUUCUAAUUACUAAGAACUGUGUUGUUGAAAUGUUGUUACUCCCUCCUCCUGAAAUGGUUCAUUCAGAGCUCACGAGACCCCAGACAGAAAUCUGGAUUUACCCGACCCUAUAGAGCUGUUUUUGUUUUAAAAAAAUUUUUCAGGGUUGAAAGAUGGAAAUAUGCAUGACACUUCUGGAGAAGAGCGAAGCAGGCCUGUUUCUGUCGACAGAAAUGUGAAUGUUUGUGUGAUCAGUUGAGGAAUAAACGUUGAUUACGCUGA